CGCCCGGCGGCGGCACCAUGAAGGUGGAAGCGGGGGACAACUCCAUGAUCAACCUGUCGGUGCAGCAAGUGCUGAGCCUGUGGGCUCACGGCACCGUCCUGCGCAGCCUCACGGAGAUGUGGUACUGGGUUUUCCUCUGGGCUCUCUUCUCCUCUCUCUUUGUCCAUGGUGCUGUGGGAGUAUUAAUGUUUGUGAUGCUGCAGAGGCAUAGGCAGGGGAGGCUGAUCUCUGUCAUUGUGGUCAGCAUUGGAUUUCUGGGUUCUAUAACUGGAGCAAUGAUAACCAGUGCUGCAGUAGCUGGAAUUUACAGAGUAGCAGGAAAGAACAUGGCUCCCCUGGAAGCUCUUGUCUUUGGCGUUGGACAGACAGUACUGACAUUAAUUAUCUCAUUUUCAAGAAUUCUUGCAACGCUUUGAAACUCACAUAGAAAGAGGGGAGAAAAACAUCUUUAAUUUGAAGAAAAGCUUCCUGAAAGUGGAUUCAUCAGCUUAUGAACUCGAAUUCCAGUGCAAGAGGAAGGAAGCUAUGUGGAAAGUGCGCUACAAAUCUCGAGGCUCAGUCAAAUGAGCAGGCUGUCCUCUAGUGUUGGAACUGCUGCACUCCUGCCUUAACGUGCCUCUGUCAUGGGCAAGGGGGAUCCCUGUGAGCCACGCAGAGAUGGAGCAGCUGCCAGGCAGGUCCAUGCUUGGUGAUGGGCUCACUGCCCCUAACUCCUUGGAAUGAAACAGAGGGACCCUCCUGAAAGUUGCUCCGUGUGCCAAACUUGGGGUGUAAUUCUGAGCAGGUGGCUGGGUAGGCUCUGGAAUGUAGUAGAAUUCUGUGAAUGUGCACAAUUCUCCUUGAAUUCAGGUGAAAUAGCAAGAUAACUCACUUUUGUGUAUUAGAAGAAUCUCUCUGAAUGCUGAAUAUUCUCGUUCAGCAUUCAAAACAACUGUUAGAUCUGCUUCAAAAUGUAGAUUCAUUUUGAUGGGGUUUAAGAGCCACGGCUUUAACAGCCCUGAUAUAAUUAGCACUAUGUGAAGAAUGGCUUGUGGCAGUUUUCUUCUUUGGCACAUUUCUCCGUGAUUUUGGCCUGUCAGAAAUCAGGAGUUUAAGGAGAUUGUAUGAAGGUUACUAAGUACAACCUGUUGUGUAUGCACAAACAAAUAUUAAACUGAUGCUUUCCUCGAAAUUACUUUAUCUUAAACAUGAAGAUGGUUACCAGCCCUUCUGCAAACCUCAGAAAAAGGGCACUCAUUGCAAAUAAACACCCUGUAUUUAAUUAAGCACUGGUAGGACCCUUACCCCUACAUGUAUUCUGUAAGGAGCACACAAAUAUAACAAACUCUCAGAGAAUACACCUGUGAGGAAAAUGAGAGAGGUAACAAUAUGAUGUGAUGGUUUUCUGUUGAAUAAAAAUAUUAAGUGUAAUAAAAUAGUUACCAUACUCCAAAAAUUUUUAAGUGGGUCAGCACUAAUGUAUUUACUACCUUGUUUCUGAACACUUUGUAUCUCUGGCAAGAUUAAGAUGCCUGGAACUUUCAAGCACUUAGCUUUCAGUAGUUUGUGGUUUUCUAGUUUAAAAGGGACUGAGUGGUGUUGUGCAUGUGAAAUGUCAUAAAUGUGAGUGUUUGGAGUAAAGAGAAAUUUUAAGUCUAAUGAUUAAUUAUUUAUGAAAUACAAAAUAUAAAGGGCAUAAAGUUCUGUGAAGAAUAAGGUAUCUUUUACAUCUUUUCUCAACUAAAUGCUUUUCAGCGGUUGUCUCUUAAUGAUGAUGGGGAGUAAAUCACUCAAAGGUUUUGCUGUUAUGAUGUCAAAAGAACUUUCAGGACUGUUGCAAACACUGGCACCCACUGCACACCUAAAAUAAUAUAACUUGCAAUCCAGUCAUUGCUUAGUACUUCAAAAUAUAAUGAAUUAACCUGUCUGCUUUUAUCUUAUUCCACAUACAUUUCUUUAAAGUACUUGGAAUGCUAAUAUUUGUUUUCUUUAAAGGCAUCAAAGUCUUUUUUUGAAAACAUACAAAGUUAUGGGCUUUGCAGGGAACAAGUUAAAAUAUAGGUUUAUAAACAUUUCUGGUGUCAUUUUUACUUUUAAUUGCUUAAAAAUGUGACUGAAUACAUGUGCUCUCACUGUUUUUUAAUGUCUUAAAAACUUUUUGGUGGUUGAUUUUUUUUUUUUUGUCUUUUGUCUUACUUUCUGCUUAUACUUUUGGGCACACAACCAUUGCACUUUAGUUGACAAUAAAAUUAUGACAUCUGUAAAAAGCAAUUGAAACUUCUCCCCAUUGUCUUAAAUUCUUAGAAAACUGGUUUCAGGCAUUUAAGUCAAUUUGAAUAAUAAAGUAAUUGAAGAUCUUUCUCCUAAUAUGUGCCUUGUUACAUAUAUGUUUAGGGGAGAAGAUUUUGAAAAAAAUUGUCACAUCUUCAAUCUUGUUCUAUUUUGAUUCAUUUGGUUACUUGAUACAGUGUCUUGUUCAACAGACUUUAAAACCUUUUAUUUAACAACCUGGAAAUGCUUGUCUGGAUCAAACCCAAGAGCAUCAUGAAGCACUGUGUUCAGUAAUUUAGAUUAUCUCAUGUCUUUAUCUCACACUGAAACUUAUUCACAGGUUCCAAAUUUCCUUGAACAUCUCAAUUCUUACUUGUUAUAGGAGGUUGUUAUGUUGCCACUGGUCAAUGGCUUGCUGUCUUUCACUAAAUUAAACUACAGCAGACUGCUGCUAACUGAUGAGACACAUAUGCUGGUAUUGAUGAACUUCAUUCUUCUUUUUAAUUACUGUGCCAGUGAAAUUGUUGCCAUUGUAACUUUCCCCCUUGGACAAGGAGGCACCUUGGCAGGUUUUAAGCUACCUUUCUCCAAAUAAUUUUUAUUCAUAGGUUGUUGUAUUCACUUUUGAAAUGUCGUUGUGUGCUUAGUUGUCUCUGCAUUGUAUGGCGUUAUUGCCUGGCAACAAGGGACAGGCAGAUAAUAUAAUGCUUAAGUGGCCUAACAGGGACAAGGCUUUAUUUGACAGAAGUUUGUUUUCAGCUGUUUCUUGUGAGGAGUUUUUAAUGAUAAAAAGUUUGCUUGUGAAGUAUUCUUUGAUCACAGCAUGAACAGACUGCUUAAUAACUCCAGCAGUGAAAGAAAGUUUAAGUGACCUUAUGUCUGCAAAACUUGGAACUUUCAUUCCAUAUCCCUAGAAACAGCAUUGUUAAGCAUAAGGUGCUUUAGUCAGUGUGUGUGUAUAUAUGUGUGUGUGUGUGUAUAUUUAUAUAUAUAUAUAUAUGAAUGAAUGGUGUCUUUGUGGAGUGUUUUAUACCUAACACACGCUAACAACUAAAAUAGCUCUUCCAAGAAAAAUAAAAGUACUUUAGAUAGCCUCUCCUCCCCCUGCCCCUCUUAAUUGAGCUACAAAGACAUCUUGUGUGUGAAUGGCACUGAUGGUACCCUGAUUCCCCUUGGACAAUACAGUGUUGUCCCCACAGGAUGUUUCAGCACUAUCUCCAAUCAGCUCUGCCUGUCUCUGCAUUGUAUCACUGGGCACAUUCUGCAUUGUGCACAAUAAUACCUAGACACGGAUUAAUAUUUGAAAGAAGGGGGUGUACUGAAUAUAUUCUUCAAUGUAGAAAAGCUAAUUAUUUUUA